AUAGCCCCAGCACAUCUAAGUUAACCCUGGCCGCGAAGCACAGGCCCCAUUGAAUACUCAUAUACAACCCUAGGAAGGCAUCAUCUCGACACAUUUCCAUUGCUCCCACCCCAAACAUCGGAGUUCCCACCCACUUCAGAAACAACAUCGCGGAUUCUAAGAGAAUCUUCUUUUCUCUCCCGCCACGGCGAAUCGGUCUCAUCCAUACCGUGGAACUUUUAGCUCGUGGCCGAGAACCGUUGUACUCGGUAUUGUGUGGACAAAGGCUACUGAGAACGAGUCAUCCUUCAAGACCAGAAGGCCAACUUCGUGAAUUUGUCCUGCUUUACCGAAACAUACAAAAGACACAGAAGAUAAAAAAGAGCUUGGUAGCACGAGGCUGCGGGGACAUGGUGCCCUCAAAGGCAGCUCCUACACACUUCCUCUGCAUCCCACUCGUCACGGCAGCGUCGCGCCCUCAGCUCGUCCAGAGUCUAGCGACGUUCCGCGCCGAUGUCUCGAGCCCGCUGAGCUUCGGGGUCCCGGAGGAAGCGAUUCGGCCCGUCGGCACGCUGCACCUCACGCUCGGCGUCUUCAGUUUCCCCAAAAACGAAGGGCUGGACAGGGCCAUCGAACUGCUGCGGUCGCUGAGGCCGAGAGAGAUUCUCGCUUCUAUAACGCCCCCGACUAUGCUAGGGGCUAAAGUAGAAGAAGACAAGACAGUGGUAGCGGUGACGACGGAGGUGGCGGAUGACGACAAGGGGAAGGCGGUCGAAGCCACGGCGCCACAAGACGGGGCUCCUCUAACAAUCACGCUGCGCGGCCUCGGGUCGAUGCAGCCGCCCGCCAAAGCGGCAGUGCUCUACUCACCGCCAGUCGACCGGCUGGGCACGCUGCAGGCGUUCUGCGAGAAGGUGAGGGCCGUGUUCCGGGAAGCCGAGCUGAUGACGGAGGAGAACCGGCCCUUGCUGCUGCACGCAACCAUCAUGAACACCAUCUACGUCAAGGGCAAGGACAAGAAGCAGCAGCGGAAGGCUGGUAGCGGCGGUGGCAAGAAGUGGGAGAGGCUGACCGUCGAUGCCAGGGGCAUUCUCGACAGGUACGAGGACCACGUCUGGAUGCAGGAUGUGGGCCUGAGCAGCAUCGCCAUCUGCAAGAUGGGCGCAACGAAAACAGACGUCGACGGCGUAGAGGACGAAGCAUACGAAGUCGAAGCAGAGAUCAGCUUCUGAAGAGAAAACUGGAAGCUUUUCUUUCUUCCUGGACUCUUCCAUAUAAUCCAUCCAUAUCUAUGUCUCCCAUAUUCGAGGGCCAGUUUUCCAUGUCAGCCCAUACAUAUAUCCAAAUAAAUAUAUGCUGUGCACCCGAGAACCCAAUGCCCUCCUAUUUCAUCACGUCGUAUUCCAUUCGUAGGGGUGAAAGAAAGGGCCCAAAGCGCGAAGGUUAAAGAUCCUUCCUGCUAGUUUUUUUAGUUCUUUUUUAGUUCUGGUUUUGCGAUGUGUCUAUAUAUUUCUUUUGUUAUAUUUUGUUUUAUGCGAAGACGGUUGACUGAGACUGAA